UGGUUUUUCAUAAUGACAUAUUCGAGAAGAUUACAAAUCCACGUCAUUCUAAAGAAGAUAUAUGUGGCACCUUAUCAGACAUAUGAUACUCUGCAAACAGUAGUACAGCUAGUUAGCAUCAGCAGGAAUUGAGUUGUAACAGUUUCAGUCAUGGCAUCCCUUUUUGGAGCGUCAUCGGCCUGCAAUUUCUCAUAUUUGCUGUCUCGUAACACCGAUUUGAAUUAUGUGAAAGGAGCACCUCUCGCUGCGUAUGAUUUCUCAGUUAGGGCACGUCACUUGCCACAAAUUGUGAAUGCUUUGCCAAAAUUACAAUUGUUUAGCCACACUUUUCCCUUUAAAUCCUCUAAAGCGUCGGCACUCGCUCUCAAAAGCAUUAGAUUUCCAGGCAUUGCGUUUGCGGCAGCAGUGACAGAGAAAAGUAUUCACGAUUUUACCGUCAAGGAUAUUGAUGGGAGCGAGGUUUCUCUAAGCAAGUACAAGGGAAAGGUUCUCUUGGCUGUUAACGUUGCUUCUAGAUGCGGUUUAACUAGUUCCAAUUACACAGAGCUAUCACAUCUCUAUGAGAAGUACAAAACCCAAGGGUUUGAAAUCUUAGCAUUUCCUUGCAAUCAAUUUGGAGGGCAAGAGCCUGGUAAGAACACAGAGAUAAAGGAGUUUGCAUGCACCCGUUUCAAAGCAGAAUUCCCCAUAUUUGACAAGGUUGACGUGAAUGGCCCAAAUACAACUCCAGUUUACAAGUUUUUGAAAUCAAGUAAGGGCGGAUUUUUAGGUGAACUUAUAAAGUGGAACUUCGAGAAAUUCUUGAUAGACAGGAGUGGGGAGGUUGUCGAGAGAUAUCCUCCAACAACUUCUCCAUUUCAAAUUGAGAAGGACAUUCAGAAGCUGCUUGCUGCAUGAUCUUAAUGUUAUCAGGUGCCAGCUGUUCCAAGAUUGAUCGAGUUUGUUUGCAACAUGAAGUUAAUUAUCUGCUAGUGAAAGUAUAAUUGUUAAGGAAUAUCAAAUAAAGUAUUUAUCAGAGCAAGAGGUUCUCUGAACGUUCACUCGAACAUUUAAAUGCAUACCCCGGUUAAGUAAUGAUUAUCAAAUUAAUAUGAAUCAGAGUUUUCAGGUGCAUACUAAAUUUAAAAUGAUUGGUAUAAAGUGUAUAUUGUAUAACAGUAAGGUCUGAUAAAUUCAAUACAAAUGAAAUAAUAUAAAGAAUUUUUUUUUA